CAUUUGAGGCAGGAUGAGUAAACUGAAGUUAGCAAGGUAAACAGGACUCACCUGAUGGAGUAGCAGUGGAAACCUAGGUUUGUCUGAUGCCAGGGUAGCCGUGACUUUCAGGCAAAAUGGUUAUUAAGGCUGAGUGAAAAAACAAGCAAAUGACUUGUUAUUGGGAGUUAUGUAAUGACACUUUCUCAAGGCAAUUAAAACCAUUAAAAGGCUUUGACAAAGUACAAAUGAACAAUGGUUUUUUCAUACAAAAACAGAACAGAUAUAUCCUGUUAUAGGAAACCAGUAGUUGUCAGUUAUACGCAGGGAAAUUUUAUCUUAAAAAAGAAUUUUUGGGGGCUGGUGCUGUGGCAUAGCAGGUAAAGCCUCUACCUACAGUGCUAAUAUCCUGUAUGGGCACUGGUUCGAGUCCAGCUGCUUUUCUUCUGAUCCAGCUCUCUACUAUGGCCUGGGAAAGCAGUAGAAGAUGGGCCAAGUGCUUGGGCCCCUACCCACUUAGGAGACCCGGAAGAAGCUCCUGGCUCCUGGCUUCAGAUUGGCAGAGCUCUGGCUAUUGUGGCCAUUUGGGGAGUGAACCAGCAGAUGGAAUACCUCUCUCUCUGUCUCCGCCUCUCACUGUCUAUAACUCUGCCUCUCAAAUAAAUAAAUAAAUCUUCAAAAAAUGUUAUUUAUAUAAAAAAAGAAUUAUCAACUUAAAGGAUCUAAGUCUUUUUAAAGUUUUUUUUUUAAGUUUUUAAACUUUUUUAUUCAGUGGGAGAAGUACCAAGUACCAGGAGCCAGCCACGUGGAGGAGCAUGUAGGCCAGGAAGCAUGAGGCAGGUGGCCUGAAAGCCACACACCCGAAGGCACAGGGGCAGAAAGCAGGCCCAGGGCAAAAGGGAAACAAUCCAAAAAAGGGCCAAAAGGCUGGGCCCACCGUGUCCCUCGCCUUUAAUCCACUUCCAAAGGAGAACGGUUAAUUAGUCUGAUUGGCCCGUGGACACACAGGUAUGGCCAAGUACACACAGGGGUGUGGUGAAGGCGUGGUCUUCCAGCUCACAAACCUGAUCAAUUUUAUCCUAUGUGCCUGCCUACAACAUUCCCCUCUCAGAGACUCCAUACCUUUCAUCUUAAGGGAUGUUGAAGGGAUAAAAUCAUAUCGUCUAUAGAUGCUUCCUGCUUAUGAGGGGCAUAGUACAGGCCCUGCCUAUCCUGGGUAAAGAUUUAUUUUAUUUAUUUGAAAGAGUUACAGAGAGAGGUAGAGACAGAGAGAGAGAGAGAGGUCUUCAAUCCAUUGGUUCACUCCCCAAAUGGCCACAACUGUAGAAGCUUAGCCAAUCCCAAACCAGGAGCCAGAAGCUUCUUCUGGGUCUCCCACGUGGGUACAGGGGCCCAACCACUUGGGCUAUUCUCUGCUGCUUUCCCAGGCACAUUAGCAGGAAGCUGGAUCAGAAGUGGAGCAGCCAGUACUUGAACCAGCGCCCAUAUGGGAUGCCGGUGCUGCAGGCAGAGACUUUAAUCCACAGUGCUGACCCCUAAGGAUCUAAUUGACAAUAAGGUUAUAGUGAACUCUAGUGGUACCUAUUAAAUGAUUUUGCAAAGUAAGAUAUACAUGUAAAUUUUCAGAACAUGCCUGUUACUCAAGGUGAAAUUCCAGUUAGCCAGACUAUACUUCUACACAUACUACUGUGUUGCCACCUAGUGGCUGGGCUGAUAUUUCAUUGAACUUAACAAUCAUUGAAACAUCUAAAGCAUCCGGUAUCAAAGAUAUAAAGAAUAAAAUUUCAUUCCUACCCUCAAGUUGUUUGCAUUACAAAGUUACUGAGUUUGAGGCUACAAAUGUAAAAAAAGCAAAUUUUGUGAAACAUCUCGGGAAGUUACAUUUCAAGUGGAAAAAAUAAAGAAAAAAAAAAAAAAGAAAAGCAAAUCCCUGCAUGUUUCCACAUCUGUGCAGGUAGCCACAAGCGUAGGUGUGGCCCUGACAUCGUGUUUGGACUAGUCCUGGGGUAAGAAUCCUCUUCCUGAUUUCUGAAGUUGAAGUUUUGUUCGCUGAGUAUUUGUCCCUUAGAGAAACUGAUUUUAUUUUUACCUUGGCCUUCUUCUCAGCAAAAUAACACAAAUCGUUCAAGUAAACACUCGAUUAUCAGUCUUAACAGCCCAUUGCCUAUCAUUAUUUGAAUCUCCAACUUGUGUUGGAGAGGGCAGCCCAAGGGGUAAAGAAUCAAUGAAUUUGCAUACAAUCCAUGGGAGAUUUGAUUUCAUACUUGGUACUUGGAAUUCAGUCUGCCUCAUGGCUGCCGCCCAAUCUUCCUCAAUGAAAAGUUCAAAAAGUAAUUUCAAAGCGACACUGUUUUAGCCCCAAGUCUCAUUUUAGACGACUCUCCAGGCAGUUUUCUAAAUAUGUCAAACGUGAAUUCUUUUUUGGAAGGGAGGAGUUCAUUAAGAUCAGAGCUCAAAAUUUUAUACAGACGAUGUUCACGUUUCUUUUCCGUUUUGGAUUUCCACUUACAUUUUAUCAUUACUCCCCCUCCCUCCCUCUUAGGGCGUGAAUCUGUCUGUCCGCAGUUCCGGGCUUCGCACCGGCUUGCUACCUUUUGUGUUUCGGUUAAGUUGGCUGUGAGAGGCGGGUGCGAUGUGUAACCCAACACCUCUCUUUCUGGAAGUCUUACUAUUUUGGUGCCUCCGUGCGAACAAAUGUGGGAAGAGCUGGGUCAUCAGCCGCAGAGGGUGCGGUGAGGUGGGCGGGGCGGUGAGCGAACGCCUGGGAAACAGGCUCCUCUCGGGCAGCCUUGGUGCAACCGGGCGCCUCGCACGCACCUCAGCAGGAGCGCGCGGCCGGCCACGGCGGGCAGUGCGUGCCCAGGGCACCCUGUCAAGCCUCGGGUGCUCCCAGCGUUAUCAGCAUCUGCGUUUCCACGCUGGAGCCGUAGUGCUACGGCCCGAGGAACUUCUGCUCCUGCGGACCGCCCAGCGAAACGGCGCUGCUGUUCCACUGCAGACGGCAGGGCUGCUGGGCCCGGCGGCAGGCGCAGUUCCGUAGUUUCCUCGACUGAGGUGCCAUCUGCAGUCCUUGAUUAAGCUGGCUUUAUUUCGUGGGUAGCCGUGGACGGUCAACCGCCACGUAAAAGCUCAAGUCCGCCGCUCUCUGACCUGCCUUGACGGGUGGCACGGGGUGGGCGGCGGAGCUUUGGCUCCAGGCUUCGGCCGCUCGACGGUGGCAGAGUCGCGGCCACCAAGGCCCUGGGCAAGGUUCUGGCCGGGACGCGGGCUCCGGACCCGGAGGUUCCCCCUCACCACGGUCCCGGGCGGUGCCCGGGGCGGGCCGAGCGUGACGGGUGGGAACAGGAGCCAAUAAGAAGUGGUCCUCGACGGGCAGGGGUGGGGCCAGGGCGGGAACUUCGGCCGGACCUGCGUGGGCGGAUCGGAGCCGAAGCGAGUGGGAGCCGGGACGGUGGCCCCUCGGCGGAGAGGACGCGAGCCUCGCAGCCCCGCGGCGGAGGCAGCGUCGAGCCUCUGGCAGGGUUAUUCAAGAUAGCCAUUUUCAACAAAGAUCAAUGAUCUAAAUUUAAAAAGAGAUUCCUGAGUUAAACAUGAAAAGAAAAUACUGGAAACACUUGGAGUCUGACAAGAUAAAGAAUACAGUAUUUCACAGCUACUUGUAAUGGAACCUUUGUGAAAUUCAUUACUUGUCAUGCACCCAACUGGGAACAUGGAUGUUGGUUUUUCUCGUUCUGCUGUUCAGACACUGUCAAGAAGCCACUGCAAAAACAUCAAACAAAAAAUUUCUCAGUGGGAAGGAAGGACUAAUGGUAUAUCUAACCCAGUUAAAUGGCAUCCAAAGGACUUUGGAGUGAGAUAUAAUAACUAUCAACAACAGAUUCUUCCUAAGAAAAAUCCUGUUUUGGAGGGACCGAGCAAAAAGCUGGAUGUAAGCAACUCUCAAAAUGUGGGUCUAGGCAUGAGUGAAGAUGCAAAAAGCUGUGAUCAAAGUGAGGAUGAAAGUGAAAAACAUGAACUUAAUACACGUUUCUUUAAAAAUGAAUCAGAAUCCAACUGGGUAUGUUCUCGUAUCAAACAAAUUGAAAGCUGGAAAGAAGUUGUUUUGGAUCCAGAGACUUCAUUACCUCCAGGAAACCUCUAUACCUCACAGAUAUUAUGGAAGAAAAUAGAAUCACUUCCCCCAAAUAAAGUCUUAAAUUUGGCUUUAGAACAUUGUGACUCUUCAGAAAAAGAACUGAAUUUCAGGGUUCUGGAGAGUUCAUAUGGAAUAACUAAGAGCUUAGAAAAUAUUUACUCUGAACCUGAGGGGCAAGAAUGUGGAUCGUCUAUAAAUCCUUUGCCAAAACCUCGUAGGACAUUCAGAUAUUUGUCUGAAUCUGGUGUUAUGCCAUGUAAGGAAAGAAGCUGUGACAAAAAAUACUGUGAAAAUACUUCUUGUGCAGAAUCUUCUUUGGCUUCUUCUUCUCGGGAACCUGAACCAAAGAAAUAUGGUGGAAAGAUCAGAGGGAGGUCCAAAAGGAAAUCCUUUGAAUUUGAGGAUAUUCAGCACUUUCGAAAUCGGAACUCACAGAAGAUCCAUGAAGAACUUGGAAGAAAUUCUGGUUCAGCACUUUAUUACACGCAAUCUGAGGAUAAUAUCUAUGAGGAUAUCAUAUAUCCUGCCAAAGAAAAUCCCUAUGAAGAUAUUCCAGUGCAACCUCUACCCAUGUGGAGAUCUCCUUCAGCAUGGAAGCUGUCACCCCCUAAAUAUGCUUUCAGAGCACCCAAGCUUCCUCCCAAACCUCAGUUCCUUCACCGGAAGACUAUGGAACUGAAGAACUCACGAGCUUGUUUACGGCCAAAGCUCACAAAGGAUACCACUUUGCCUGUCACAUUAACUGAAUGGAAGCUUUUCAGAGCUGGAGAAGUUGCAAACAGGAAAAGGAGAAAUCUUCCAAGAUUUGUAUUGAAAAUAGAUGAUAUAUUUGAGUCUAAGAGAGGGAAGAAGAAGGUAAAGUUACACCCUUACACUGGAAAAGAGAUACCUCCCUCAAAAGGUGAAACCAGUGGGAACGAAAGUGAUGCCGAGUAUCUGCCAAAGAAUCGCCACAAGCGCCUAGCACAACGGCAGCAGUCUUUCAAAAGAAACCCUCACUACCAGACCUUGGAGCGGGAUCUUAUUGAAUUACAAGAGCAGCAGCUGUUUGAACUUUUUGUGGUGGUGUCUCUGCAGAAGAAGCCAUCAGGAGUUAGCUAUAUUCCCCAGGUCAUACAGCAGUUCCCUGGCAAGGGUGAUCAUGGCUAUAAGCAAUCCAGAGACACUGAAGAGAGGCUCAAAGUUAUCCCAAAAUUCUGUUUUCCUGAUUCAAAGGACUGGGUGCCAACCUCAGAACUCAAGAGUGAGACAUUCUCCUUUGUCUUGACUGGUGAAGAUGGGAGUCGAUGGUUUGGUUACUGUAAGAAGCUCUUGCCAGAAGGAAAAGGAAAGCGACUCCCUGAGGUUUACUGCAUGGUCAGUCGCCUUGGCUGCUUCAAUCUUUUCUCAAAGAUUCUGGAUGAAGUCGAGAAGAGAAGAGAAAUGUCUCCAGCGCUUGUUUACCCAUUCAUGCGAAGUGUCAUGGAAGCUCCUUUCCCAGCCCCUGGACGCACCAUCACAGUUAAGAGCUACCUCCCUGGGGCUGGAGAUGGGUCUAUUGAACUCUGCCGACCACUAGACUCCCGACUGGAGCAUGUCGAUUUUGAAUGCCUCUUUAAGUGCCUGAGUGUAUGUCAUCUCAUCCGGGUCUGUGCCUCUCUCCUUUUAGAGCGGAGGGUUAUCUUUGUUGCCAACAGCCUAAGCACCCUGUCAAAAUGUGGCCAUGCUGUGGUAGCCACGCUGUAUCCAUUCACCUGGCAGCACACCUACAUCCCAGUCCUACCAGCAUCUAUGAUCGACAUUGUCUGCUCACCUACCCCAUUCCUUAUUGGAAUCCUAUCUUGCUCCUUACCACAGCUCCAGGACCUACCCAUUGAAGAGGUGCUGAUAGUUGAUCUCUGUGCAGACAAGUUCUUACAGGAGGUAUCUGAUGAGGAUGAAAUUCUACCAUCUAAACUUCAGGCUGCCCUGAUGCAAAUUUUGGAAGAACGAAAUGAAAUCUUAGCUCAGGAGCGGAACUUUUCACAAGCAGAUGUGACACUCAACUGUCUGGUAUCAGAAGCAUUUGUCAGGUUUUUUGUGGAGCUAGUGGGACAUUAUUCUUUGAACAUGACUGUCACUGAGCAGGGGGAACGUGUAUUCCAAAGGGAGCCAUUCCGUAAGUCCCACACCUCUCGAAGUGUACGCCACUUCCUGGAUCUCUUCAUGGAGACUCAGAUGUUUGCAGGAUUCAUCCAGGACCGAGAGCUUCGGAAAACUGGGGUUAAAGGUUUGUUUGAGGUCCGGGCCCAUCAGUAUUUGGAAACACUGCCUGAGUCUGAGCCCAGUGGAAUGAACAAAAUUUUGCGAAGUCUUGGAAGUAAAAUGAAAUUUCUGCAGAAGAAAUGAAAAUUUUGAUUGACUGCCUCCAUCCUAAAUAGAACAAAGAGUGCCAAAGAAGAUAUUUUUCCAGGGGUCAGGAUCCCUUGAAGUAUUCUACAAAAUCCUUGACAUUUAAAAGUAUAAAGAACACGUCAUGCUCUCAGAGACUGUCCUGAUGCUGCUGUAGUAAUCACUGGAGCAUUGUUGGGAAUAGUCUGGAACCAAUGUUCUGUUUACUCUGCCACCAGUGUUUUUGUUUUGACUUUUGUUUUCUAAUUGAUUCUUGGGCUUGUUCUGUGUUUUGUGUUUGGUUUGUGAAGGCAGUUGUCUUUUACAAGGGAAAGGAUUCUUGGUAUUGCAUUUAAAAAACAGCCCAAGAGGAGCAGAGUGAGAGAUGCUGAGUUCAAGGUCCUGCAGAAGCCGGACAGAAGUGGAGAACACUAGCCAUAUGCACUUCUCAUCAUUGAAAUAUCAUGGCAGCUUUCAACCCAGAGCAUGUCUGAGCUGGGCUGGGAAAUGUACUCAUCAGGUAGCUUCAUUUUUAAAUCUAAUUUCUGGAAAGGGGAAUCUGACUUAUCUGAAGCCCUCCCUGUUAGCACUGUUACUGUUACCCUAUAAAAACAGACAUGUUGCAGCUCCUCCACAUUAUGUAUCUUACCCCUCACAUGUCAACAUUGGACUUUGUGGAAUUAUAGCUAAUAGAGGAGAAUGUCCUCUCAAGGACAUUGGAACUGUCUUUUUUUACGUGUGUGUACCAUGUACCUUGCACUGUGGCACAUGUAUAUAUGUCAUUUUAUUCAGUCCUUAAAUCAGCUUUUUAAGAUAGAUAAUUGCAUUUCUGUUUUGCUAAUGAAGAAACUGGAAUUCAAAGAAGUUAGAUAACUUUUCCAAAGUUGUACAACAAAUACAGAAUUGAAGCCAGGAAUUUUAUUUUGUAACUACAGAGAAAGUUGGUUAGAUGCAAAUUUCAACUCUAUGGGACCACAGUUAUUUAAAAAGUUUUCCAUUAAGUCUGUUGGAUCCACCUGUCAGCUUUGAGGAUAAGGGAUUUUAUUUAAAUUACAGGUGCCUAGAUGAAACUUUCUUGAUUCAUCUAGAAUUGUUGUAAAGUUUGCUGUAAUUAAAUUGGACUCAGAAUAUGAACAUUUCUUGAACAUACCCCACUUAAUCAUGCAGGUCCUUACCAUCUAAAGUAGUAGUGGUGAUUGGAAAACAGGGUUGUCAGUGAUGGUGCAGUUUUCAUUGAUAAAUACUACUGCAAGCAUCAGUUUGUUUUCUUCAACUUCUGCUGAUGGUUUUAACUGGAAUAGAAAAUAUUUAUUCAAACUUUCAAAACUUGUAAGUUGUAAUGUGAUACAGUUUAUGGACUUGCACUGUGUAGUCAUUACAACCCAUUCAGGUGUGCAGAAAUGAAUCUGAAUCAGAUACCAUUUAAGAAGAGUGCUAUGUAAUGUAAUUCCUACAGAUGUGGAUCCAGGGAAUAGAACUGAGCCUGUGUCUUCCUAAAAAAUACUGAUUAAGCAGCUCUCCCCCAUGGGACUCCUACUGGAUAUCUCACCAGUUGGUCUUUUCUUUUUUUCUUUUUUUUUUUUUAUUUAUUUUUUUGAUAGGCAGAGUGGACAGUGAGAGAGAGAGACAGAGAGAAAGGUCUUCCCUUGCCGUUGGUUCACCCUCCAAUGGCCGCCGCUGCAGCCGGCGCACCGCGCUGAUCCGAUGGCAGGAGCCAGGAUCCAGGUGCUUUUUCCUGGUCUCCCAUGGGGUGCAGGGCCCAAGCACCUGGGCCAUCCUCCACUGCACUCCCUGGCCAUAGCAGAGAGCUGGCCUGGAAGAGGGGCAACCGGGACAGAAUCCGGUGCCCCGACCGGGACUAGAACCCGGUGUGCCGGCGCCGCAAGGUGGAGGAUUAGCCUAUUGAGCCACGGCGCCGGCUUGGUCUUUUCUUAUAUACCAACUGUGAGGGAACAAUAACUGGUUGUUUAUAAAAUGGACUAUGGGGCUGUCAUUGUGACAUAGCAAGUUAAGCCACUGCUUGCAAAGCUGGCAUACCAUGUUGGAGCGCUGGUUGGAGUCCUGGUUGCUCCACUUCUGAUCCAGCUUCCUGUUAAUGUGUCUGGGAAAGCAGCAGAUGACCUAAGUACUUGGACCCUCUAUUCAUGUGAGAGACCAGGAUGGAGUUCCUGGCUUCUGGCUUCAGCCUGGCCCAGAUCUGGCAGUUGUGGACAUUUGGGGCAUGAACCAGUGGAUAGAAGAUCCAUUUCCCCCAUGCCCAGGUAUCUCUUGCUCACUCUCUCUGUCUCUCUCACUUGGCCUUUCAAAUAAAUAAAUAUUUAUAUAAUGGGUUUAAGGGGGUUUACUGUGGUGGAUCCUGGUUAUCCCUCCGUGAGGUGAGCUUGGUUUCAAGAAUGGGUUAUCCCUGCAAUCUAAGGUCACUUCCUAUCCUUAAUGUCUGUUGUAUUUUGUUUUUGUAAAGUGUUGUGAAAUCUGAACAUAUUUGUAAAAAAAAUUGCUCAAGAUUUGUAUAAAAUGUUGUUUACAGAUCUUUUAACGAAUAAAAAAAUGAAAAAAAAAUCCCACAGAUUUCUUGGAGAAUUUUAAAUAAAAUUGCUUAAGAUCUUCAA